UUAGAUUUACUUUUUAAGAGAGAAAACUCAGUGCGGUGGUCCAUAACUUCAAUCUGAGUUCACGGAUGGUCGCUGCUAGUACUGUUCCAUGUGAGACCCAUGGUCGAGCACUUUCUAGAUAGAGCUAUCACAGCCCUCCCUUUAGAUAGCACUAAACAAACUUUUCUCCAAAUUACUAUGCCAUUAUGCACUUCAAGUAUUGCAAAUCUUCAUUACCAACAGCAAAAGUUCAGCACAGUAGCUGUAAUGCGGUUGUUGGCUUCAACUUCAAUCAGUGAAAAUCUUGAAAGCUCACCCAUUUUGUAAUUGGCCUAGUCCAACUUUUUCCGAGCAACUUGGACCCACUACUACGCUUCUGAAACUGCUUAUAAAGGCAAUGAAACUUUUGCUUUGCCCACCUCACUCAGUGAAACAGGUUUCUACUCUUAAAACUUCCACUUUUUUCAGGUAGAAUACAACCCUUGCUCAGAGAUGGCUCAGGGAAGAGGCAGUACAGAUCAUCAGGCCAAGUUCACAGUUGCUUUGCUACUGUGUUUACUGGUUUGCCUUCAAAAUAUUGAUGCGGCAACUUAUACUGUCGGAGGCCCCGGCGGUUGGACUUUUAACAUGGCUACUUGGCCUAAAGGGAAAAGCUUCAGGGCUGGUGACGUGCUCGUAUUCAAUUACGAUGCGACAAUCCACAAUGUGGUAGCUGUGAACAGAGAAGCUUACACCGGUUGCACCACACCGGCAGGCGCAAAAGUGUACAGCUCAGGGAAAGAUCAGAUAAAACUGGUGAAGGGACUAAACUUCUUCAUAUGCAACACUGCUGGCCACUGUGAGUCUGGAAUGAAGAUUGCCAUAAAUGCAGUCUAACGCAGAUCUAGAUUUUCACCCACUAUCUUCUUAAGAAUAAGUUAAAAAGUAUUAUUGUGCGUUGGUUUAGCUAGCUGGCGUGAGUAGAAAAUUAGGGGAAAACAAAAUGUUUCAUUGUUGUAAUGUUGCCAAGUUUUAGCACAUGCAAUGUUUUAUGAUGUAGUAGUUUUGUGUAUAUUCACUUUGUAAGGCCCACCAGGGCUCACGGACUUUGUUUUAUGGGGAUUUUUUUUUUAGUU